AUGGGCAGGAUUUUGGAUCAAGUUUCACCAGAGCAGAGUAUGGAAGAUAUCCCUAUUAUCAGCCGUUCACAUCAUCUCAGCAAUGGUACAGAAAGGCGGCAUCAUCUUCAAGUGGAAGUAGCGGAGCAGCAGCCCGGAACAUCUGCUUCUACUGCAACAAGUUCGGACACUGGGCCAACAAAUGUUCGGAAAAGGGAAACGACAGUUUCACAAACACAGCACCAGCAACAGCAUCAGGCAGCAAACAAUGACUUGAACAAAAUUAGAUUAAAAACAGAAUGGAUUCCAAGAUAUGAGAAUGAAAUUGCCGAUGCUUACAAUUUUGGAAUCCAAUUACAGCAGGAGUAGAUGCUUUUGGGUUUGACUGGUCAGUUGGUAAUAACUGGAUUGUACCUCCAAUUAAUUCAAUUGCAAGAACAAUUAAUCAUUUGAAAUUUUGCAAAGCAAGAGG